AUGGAACUGAGCCCCGGUAACCGACGCGACAUGCUAGCCAUGACAGGUGUCAUCACAUCCACGACUCAACGUCACAGCUUGAUUACGCUUUUGCAAGAUAUGGAGUACGUGCACGGCCAGCUGUUUGAGCGGACAGUCGAGUCUGGCUGUGGUGCUGUCACUUGUCUUCCAGGCGCACUUACGAUGCUGCGCUUCUCUGCAUUCCGACGUAUGGCCAAAUAUUACUUUGCCGAUAAAGCUGAGCAGUGUGAGGACCUGUUCGACUUUGCCAAGUGUCAUCUUGGCGAAGACCGUUGGCUCACACAUCUGUUCAUGAUCGGUGCCAAGAAGCGGUAUCAGAUCCAGAUGUGCACGUCUGCUUUCUGCAAAACGGAGGCCGUCCAGACGGUCAAGUCACUUAUCAAGCAGCGCCGCCGCUGGUUCCUAGGUUUCAUCACCAAUGAGGUGUGCAUGUUGACGGACUGGCGUCUCUGGAAGCGAUAUCCUAUUCUGAUCCUAGUUCGCUUCAUGCAAAACACAAUCCGAACAACUGCCUUACUCUUCUUUAUCAUGGUGUUGGCACUCAUGACAACAUCGAAGAAGAUAGCCGACCUGCCGGUGGGGUUUAUUGGCGUGUCCUUGGGUUUGAACUGGGUCUUGAUGAUCUACUUUGGCUUCAAGCUCCGUCGGUUCAAAAUCAUGCUUUACCCGCUCAUGUUCAUUCUCAACCCGUUUUUCAAUUGGUAUUACAUGGUAUAUGGUAUCUUCACGGCCGGCCAGCGAACAUGGGGCGGCCCUCGGGCUGAUGCAGCCGCCGCCGACGGGGAGAAGACGACAGUGCAAGAGGCAAUUGAGAAGGCUGAGGAGCAGGGCGACGAUCUCAAUAUUGUCCCGGAGACGUUUCUUCCCGCUGCUGAGGUUCAACGCCAAAAGAGUGGCAAGCGAUUGGCUGUUACAGACGGAAAAUCUAUAUCGGGUCCCGGUGGGCGCUUGGUCGUCACUUCAGGUGCCAAAGGACUGGACGCGGCUGCCAUUGCUUCCAUUGGUGAUACAGGUGUGUCUCGGGCGACAGCAAAUACUUCUCAGUUUGGCAGACCCGAUACAGUCGGCGAGGGUAGCUAUUUCGAGAGAAAGAACGCACCCCAAAGCGGGUUUCCCUUGUCGCAGGAUCAACAAGGCAACGCAAACGACGAAAAUACCGUUAACCGGUCCAAGAGUGGCCGGGUCAUGUUGCAGCCACCGGACAAGAUCGAUGGCAUGUUCUCUGCCCCGGAGCGGUCGUCAACCGGCUGGUAUCAUUAUCCGGACGACUCGCUGAUCAGUCUCAAUCUUCUCGGCCAGUCGUCGCCAUCACUUCUCAACAACAAUGGCAACUACCUUGGCAACAGAGGGCGGAACAGCCCGUACAUCACGCUACACCCCCGGGACUCGUUUGAGAGUUUCUUAUCAAACAACACAAUUCCGGGAGGCAGUGGCGGUGGACACAAUAACUCCGUCUAUAUGCCACGCCGAGUGGAAAGUAUCAUGAGCGAUGAAGACCGUCGGAAAUAUGAAAUGGCCCAAGCGAGCCAGCUGAGCUUCCCGGGCACGACUGUCACGGGUACAACGACCGCGGCAGGCCAUCAUCUUCUUGGUAUGCCUUCACCAGGCCAGGUGUACGAGUACCGUUCAGACGCAGAAAUGCAACAGGCCGGUUUCUACACGGACGCCGAGGUGGCUGCGAACACGGGCGACGCGCAUGGCCACAGAGAGGUCAAUAGCCACCAUUUGGCGCCUCGACGCCCCGACCACAGAAGGCUAGCCAGCAAUGACAGCAUUGGCUCACGGCACUCUGCCUCGCGCUCAGUUUCCGCUGCAUCCUCACCGGACCUUCAGCCACAACCUACCAUGUCAGCUAUGCCUCCGCACUCUCCCUUGAGCGGGGGCGGUUCGCUUACACAGGUAGGCUCGGCCGUCCGUCCUAGCCCGCUUGGGCGCCUCGGCUAUAUAGCGAGGUCUCCAAGCAGCGAGGAGGAGAGAGACGCAGACGACCAGAGCGCUGAAGACAAGGGAGCAGACGACGCCAAGCUACAGGCGAAUCUAUCGCCUCCUCGCUGA